CUCUCUCUCUCUCCACUCCGGAAAGCGCUUAGUCUGCGCUGUAGUUCGAAGUGCUUUUGCUGGAUCGAGCGAGAUUCGGAGUUGGAUCCUGUAGAUUUAUCUCUGGGUAUGAGCAAAAACCCUUUUUAAUCCUUUACCAGCGCUAAUUUCCCCCGUCCAAAUCUCGAUGUAAUAGUAUUAUAGUUUGAUCAUUCAUGGCAAGGCGUAGACGAUGCCAAACAAUUCAAAAUCAAUAUGAAUAUCGGGGGGAGCCCCAAUCUCAACCCACCCCGCAAACACGGUCCCAUAUGCAAUUUGAUUAUGCCCCCCCUUCCCCGAGUCCUGCUUAUAUCGACCCGCAUGCUGCAGAAACUAGUGAUUCGGAGUCUUACUCGAGUGUAGAUCACGAAGAAGGUGACGAAGUAAUCAUGGAAGAUGAGAUCGGUGAAAGAACCUGUGUGAAGGCUAAACUAGCUGAUUUGUGGAGUUUACCACCGGGGCAUCGAGUUGUCGUAGUUUGCAAUGCCCGAGGGCAACCCGUUAGGAAUGAAGGGCGGUUGUUGGCUCAGUUUUUGGGAUCCGUAGCUAGAGAUGGAAGGAUAUGCACUUUAAGUCAUAACGACUGGAGAUAUGUUAAAAAGGAGGCCGAGGAAAAAAUACUAACUGCGGUGAAGGCAAAGUUCCUAUACACUGUGCGGUGUGAAAAGUGGAUUUUAAAGUCAACUGGGAAAAAGUGGAAGGACUAUAAGUGUGAUCUAAAAGGAACGUACUUUGAUGAGCGUGCCAGCUUGAAGGAGUUACAUAGUAAAGCUCCAGAAGAUGUGGUUAACGAUCAAUGGAUUUCUCUUGUUAACUUCUGGAAGUCAGAUGCUGGAAAGGCUCGUAGUUUAAGGAACAAAAGAAACCGUGCAAUGCUGAAGACGACUCACACUGCUGGCACAAAGAGUUUUGCACGCGUUGCAGAGGAAAUGAGGCAAAAGCAUCCAGAGAAGAAAGAGCCGCAACGUGCUGAAGUCUACUUGAGUACUCAUAUGCACAAGGAUGGAACGUACUUGGAUGAGAGAUUAGCCUCUGAUUUGCAGAAAAAGAUGGCCGAGAAUUUAGAGGCAUCAACAUUGCAAGGACGGGUUGCAUGGAAGGGUGAUGCUUUCUCCGAAAUCAUAGGAAAGGACAAACAAGGAUAUAUACGCGGUAUAGGAUUAGGUCCCUCUCCGAGAGAGAUCUUCAAGCCUUCAUGUUCGUGUUCCUGUGAGGGUACGGUAGUUGAAGAAAGCAUCCGCCAAAUAAAGGAGCAUGUCGGGAGAUUGGAGCAACAAGUACAAAACCAAAGCCAGAGUACUGCAGAGUUGAAAUGUAGAGUGCAAUGCUUGGAAAGUCUAUCGAUACAGGUGCCCGACCACCUCUGUUGCAAAAUAACACUUGAUAUCUUUCGGGACCCGGUGAUUACCCCAAGCGGAGUUACAUACGAGAGGGCCGUGCUUCAUGAACAUCUUCAGAAGGUUGGCAAGUUCGAUCCCAUCACACGGGAGCCGCUGGAGCCACAUCAGCUCGUGCCGAAUCUUGCCAUUAAAGAAGCUGUUCGAGCAUUCCUUGAUGAACAUGGUUGGUCUUCCAAGAUACAGUGAUAGCUUCUAAUGGUCUCGCAUGUAUACGCAAGCGAGGAUGUUUGAUUUCAAGUUCUCAUGCUCAGUAUAUCCAUCAUGUGUUCCUCGCUUGUCGACUUCUGUUUUGCCGAAAGCCUUUAACAUAUGAAGUAAGUAUACAGAUGAAUUUGUAGUUCAGGCAACUGCAUAUGUAUGCAAGGAAAUUAAAACUUUGUAUAUUUACUGGACCUAUACUGAAUUAUGCAAAUGUUUUGGCUUUUUACUUGGU